UAAAUAUAUGGCACAUGUAUUAAUAUGGAACUGGGACACCUGCAGAAUAUAAAGAGGGUCAGGCCAGGGCAUAGGAACCUUCAGAGUUAGAAGACAAGGGGUAUGUAAGGUGGUAAUUGUGGGGAUACCAGCCGCCUCUAGAGGAUGAUAAGGUGCGGGGGGAGGUAUUAGGGACAGGGGUGACCCAAAGUCAACUAGCAGACCCCUGGGGCUCACAACACAGGCAUUGCUAUCCGGAUUGGUUAUAUUGUGAGGGCCUGUCAUUGCCUGCUGCUACUCCCACUGUUAUCUCUGAAUUCAUAGGAACGGGAGAGAUGAUCACAUCACUGGACGUCACGAAACCACCGGGGACGGAACCAAUGACCGGUCACACCGGAGCUCAGGGACCUGGUGAUGAUGGGCACCGGCCAUAGACGGGGAUACGGAUCCCGGGCAGGAAGGGGUGCAGGCGGGCUGUGCUCCACGCUCCUACCUGCAGGGGUCGCCCCCGUCCUCUCGUCACUGACAGCUGGAGGUUGCAUCUUGUGAGGGUCGGGGCUGAUGCGGAGGAGCCGGAGCUUCAGACUUGUUGAUUUCCAUCAGGAACCUGCAGAAAGAUGAGAAUCCGGGAGCCGCGAGCAGGGAGCGAGGCCUGAGGAAGCCGGGGCCGGGGGCUGUGCCCGCCAUCUGGAGCAUCAGGUACCGCAGCCUGCACCGAGCAGGUCACCGCAGAGGGAGAUGUCCCCGCAGUCGCCCGUCCUUGUGUCGCUGCUGUCAGGAUGGAGGUGAAGGGACACAGGUGACCGCGUAGCCCGCACCGACCGCCAUCAUGCCGGGCUGGAUGAACAAGCCCGGCUCUCGCUCCACCGCCUCCCUGCCGCCGGAGCCCAUGGACAUUGUGCGCAGCAAGGCUUGUUCCCGGAGGGUGAAGCUGAACGUCGGGGGUCUCGCCCAUGAGGUUCUGUGGAGGACCCUGGACCGGCUCCCGCGCACCCGGCUGGGGAAGCUGCGAGACUGCAACAGCCAUGAGAGUCUGAUGGAGAUCUGCGACGACUACAGCCUGGAGGAGAACGAGUACUUCUUUGACCGCCACCCGGGCGCCUUCACGUCCAUCCUGAACUUCUACCGCACGGGCAAACUGCACAUGAUGGAGGAGAUGUGCGCACUGUCCUUCAGCCAGGAGCUCGACUACUGGGGCAUCGACGAGAUCUACCUGGAGUCCUGCUGCCAGGCGCGGUACCACCAGAAGAAGGAGCAGAUGAACGAGGAGCUGAAGCGCGAAGCGGAGACCCUGCGGGAGCGGGAGGGUGAGGAGUUCGACAACACCUGCUGCGCAGACAAGCGCAAGAGGCUCUGGGACCUGCUGGAGAAGCCCAACUCAUCUGUAGCGGCCAAGAUUUUGGCAAUCAUUUCUAUCCUGUUCAUCGUCUUAUCAACAAUUGCCUUGUCACUAAACACACUUCCAGAACUACAAGGUAUAGACGAGUUUGGCCAAUCGACAGACAACCCCCAGUUGGCACACGUGGAAGCAGUCUGCAUCGCAUGGUUUACAAUGGAGUAUGUACUGAGAUUUCUGUCAUCGCCUAACAAAUGGAAGUUUUUUAAGGGACCACUAAAUGUCAUUGAUCUGUUAGCAAUCCUCCCUUACUAUGUCACAAUAUUUCUCACAGAAUCAAACAAAAGCGUACUUCAGUUCCAGAAUGUCAGACGGGUAGUCCAGAUUUUCCGUAUCAUGAGGAUUCUACGAAUUCUGAAGUUGGCCAGACAUUCGACAGGACUGCAGUCUUUAGGGUUCACAUUACGAAGAAGCUACAAUGAACUAGGUCUCCUCAUUCUGUUCCUAGCAAUGGGUAUCAUGAUUUUUUCGAGUCUGGUUUUCUUUGCAGAAAAAGAUGAGGAUGAUACAAAAUUCAAAAGUAUUCCAGCAUCCUUCUGGUGGGCUACCAUAACCAUGACCACAGUUGGGUAUGGCGACAUCUAUCCAAAAACUCUGCUGGGCAAGAUUGUUGGUGGUUUGUGUUGCAUUGCUGGCGUGCUGGUGAUCGCUCUUCCAAUUCCCAUCAUUGUAAAUAACUUCUCAGAGUUCUACAAAGAACAAAAACGUCAGGAAAAAGCCAUUAAACGCAGAGAAGCUCUGGAAAGGGCUAAACGUAAUGGCAGCAUUGUCUCCAUGAACAUGAAAGAUGCCUUUGCUCGUAGCAUUGAACUUAUGGAUGUAGUGGUCGAAAAGACUGAAGAUGAAACAGGAAAGAAAGAGAAGGUGCACGAUAAUCACUUAUCUCCCAGCAAGUGGAAAUGGACCAAGAGAACCAUGUCCGAGACAAGUUCUAACAAGUCUUUUGAUGGAAAAGAACAAGGCUCACCGGAGAAGACUCGCUCUUGUUCCAGUCCACAACAUCUCAAUGUUCAGCAGCUGGAGGAUAUGUACAAUAGAAUGGCAAAAACUCAAUCCCAACCAAUCCUUAACUCCAAAGACUCUAACCAGGCAGGCAAACAGACAGAAGAAUUGGAAAUGGAAACCAUCCCUUGCCCAGCUGUGCCACUGCUCACCACUCACAAGGAGGGCAUCAUUGAUAUGAGGAGUAUGUCCAGCAUAGACAGCUUUAUAAGUUGCACUGCUGACUUUCCAGAAUCUGGCAGGUUCUCACAUAGUCCAAUGGCAAUUCUGCCAUAUAAAACCAAUGUAAAUUCAGGACAAGACACACCCAACAAUCGGCCAAUGUCCAUGGACAUCAGUGGGGAAAGUUUCACUCAAAUCAGCCCAAGGGCAGAGAGAAAUCGCCAUUCAGCAUAUAUAUUAGAAAGUCCUAAAAGUCUUGUCAAAGUGAAAAACCCUCUCAUGCUGAGAUCUCUUAAAGUCAACUUUUUGGAAGGUGACACGAGGACAUUAGUACCUGUUUCAAAUAUAAUGAGUCCCACUGAGAACAGAUUGGGGCAGGCAAAGUUAGACAGCUCUUUCUUCUCUGAGCAGUCCAUACGUAGUCCUGAAACAUCUCAAUACACAACGGCAAGUGCAAGAACACCUUCCAGGUCUCCUGAGAAACAUAUGGCAAUAGCUUUCACUUUUCAUGAUGCUAAUGUAAAUAAGUACAUAGACGCAGACACAGAUGAUGAGGGUCAACUGCUUGACGGUUUAGAUUCCUGUCCCUCCAAACAGUUACUGGGCACUAUGAGCCCAAAAUAUAGCAUAACAAACAGUGGUCAUCGAAAGCAAAGGGAUACCCUUCACAGAACGGAAAAGAAUCACCUCGAGAGCAUUGCUCUCUCGAGCUCCUCGCGGUUCCUAGGACACAACUGCAUUUAUUCCACAGAAGGGAUUACUGGAAGUAGCCGGGGUAAUAUGGAACCCGUCAAGAUGGACAACCAUAUUUCACCAGAGGUCCAUGUGUUACCUGGUGGAGGAGUACGUACACACACACAUGAGGCCAGGAUGUGACACAGGGAGGAAUGUUUCUACAUGCACCAUGAGCUUCUGCAUGGCCUCCUCUUACACUGACUGAUGGCUGGUCUGCACCAUGCUAGAGAUGGCACUGACAACUCUGAUUGAUUUUAUCUCUUUUUCUGAACUUCUUUCUCGAAAGCCAUUGUGACCAAAAAUCCCCUAGAUGUCCUACUUUUUAUGUAAUUGUAUACAUUGCAUUCAUGAAUGGUGGAGGGACCUGCUAAUAAAACAUCUCAGUGUGGUCGGCGGACACCACAUAUCAGGGGAGCAGGUGGCCAAGCUCCUUCAGUGUCUCUUAAGCUCGCUAAAGGUGAGUUGUCACCACUGACAGGAGAUUGUAUAUGCAUUGUCCUUGCUCCAGCUGUUGCUAUCAUUCAGCAGUGGAAGGUUCUAGAGCCUGAGUGUUCUAGAGCUGAUGGCCCUCAUCACAUUCUCUAAACCUGCAUGAAUCUGUUGUUUCUAUAGAUGUCUUUUGUUGUUCUCAUUGUUUGCACAUUGCGAGCUGGAACCGCAGCACUUUAAGUUAGCACCCCCUUCAUUUGUGCCUCUAUGUUCUUUUGUAAGGAAUGACUAAUAAUAGUGGCCCCAAGGUCUUGCCCAUUACACUUGGGCCCUCAUGCUACUACUACACAGUGGGCUUAGUGGUCUCCUUCAGUUUCCUCCUUUUAAAGUGCAGCUAAAUUAUUGAUAGUACAGUGGCAGGGUGUGGGUCCCCCACUGUGGGGUCUCUGGGUAAGGACGAUGGAGAUGUCCUGAACCUCCCACCUCUUCAUAUACAUCCAGACUCCUCAAACACGGCAGGUAGGAAUCUUCUCACUAGUAUUGGUUGAGGUGCAACCAGUGGUGGUAAUCACCAAAUGCCAGCAACAAGGAAACCACCACAAGCUGUCAGCCUCCAGUGCAGGGACUCAUGGGACGUAAGAUAUACAGUGGAGAGAAAUGUUCUCAUUACCAGAUAUAAUCUACAUGUGGUGAAAUCCUCCUCUUUACUUAUCUUACUGUACUGAAUUUGAGUGAUGUCCAACCUUCCAGUCAUAUCCAGAGUUGCAGUCACAAUUCUGCUGCUACAUUGUUUUAUACAAUAUUCACAUCCGAAGCUGCAGUCACUAUUCUGCUUUUACAUCAUGUUUUAUACUCCAGUCAGCUCCAGAGCUGCAAUCACUAGUCUGCUGUUACACCAUGUCUUAUCCUCCAUUCACAUCUAGAGCUGCAGUCACUAUUCUGCUUUUACAUAAUGUUUUAUACUCCAGUCAGCUCCAGAGCUGCAAUCACUAGUCUGCUGUUAUACCAUGUCUUAUCCUCCAUUCACAUCUAGAGCUGCAGUAUUCUGCUGUUACACCAUGUCUUAUCCUCCAGUCACCUCUAGGGCUCAGUCAAAAUUCUGCUGUUACAUCAUAUCUUUUACUCCAGUCACAUCUAGAGCUGCAGUCAAUAUUCUGCUGUUAUAUCAUAUCUAAUACUCCAGUCAUAUCCCGGGCUGUAGUCACUGUUCUGGUGUUACAUCAUAUCUUAUACUCCAGUCACAUCCAGGGCUGCAGUCACUGUUCUGCUGUUACAUCUUGCUAACAACCCCUUCCCACCAGAUUGAGUACUAACUUUUAAUUCAAUAAAUUGGGGCAAGAUUGUUUACAGUGAUCUCCUAACCCACAGCAAAUGUCUGGUCCUGUGUGACUUCCUCUUCUAAGGCUAUUCAGACACAGCAUCCUGUUGGCUGUACAAAAACAAACAUAUAUUGGACUCCACUUCUCAAAGGGCACCCUCGUCAGCUGUUUAUCCGCCUAAUCCCUGUCCUGGACUCACCUGUAAGAUCAGUGCACAGUAAGUAAAGCAGAAGGAAGGCUUAUUAUACAGAAUAUGAAACAUGGCAACUAUUCAGGGGAAGACCAUGAAAUGAUUGACAGGUGUCUGCAUCCAAGCUAUAACAUACACAUCACCUGACCAACACCACAGUGAGUCCUGCACACACAACGAAAGCAACUAAGGGGCAGUAAGACCUGCAAGCACACAAAAUGGAGUGGUAGGACCAGCAAGCACAAAGAAGAUGAAGGGGUGGGGUGGGACAGCAGGCACAAGUAGGACAGAGAGAUGAGACCAGCCCUCACUCAGGAUGGAGGAGUGGGACCAGCAGUCACAUAGAGGAUGAUGCCGGAGGAAAAACCGUUACACAGAAGAUGAUUGAGGAGGAGUAGAAUCAACAGUGACACAUGGGAUGGAGGAGUAGGACCAACAGUCACACACAGGAUAGAGGGGUAGGACCAACAGUCACACAGAGGAUGGAAGAGUAGGACCAACAGUCACACAGAGGAUGGAGGAGUAGGACCAACAGUCACACAGAGGAUAGAGGGGUAGGACCAACAGUCACACAGAGGAUGGAAGAGUAGGACCAACAGUCACACAGAGGAUAGAAGAGUAGGACCAACAGUCAUACAGAUGAUGGAGGAGUAGGACCAACAGUCACACAGAGGAUGGAAGGGUAGGACCAACAGUCACACAGAGGAUGGAGGAGUAGGACCAACAGUCACACAGAGGAUGGAAGGGUAGGACCAACAGUCACACAGAGGAUGGAAGAGUAGGACCAACAGUCACACAGAGGAUGGAGGAGUAGGACCAACAGUCACACAGAGGAUGGAAGAGUAGGACCAACAGUCACACAGAGGAUGGAAGGGUAGGACCAACAGUCACAGAGGAUGGAGGAGUAGGACCAACAGUCACACAGAAGAUUGAGGAGUAGGACCAACAGUCACACAGAGGAUGGAAGGGUAGGACCAACAGUAACACAGAGGAUGGAGGAGUAGGACCAACAGUCAUACAAAGAAUGGAGGGGUAGGACCAACAGUCACACAGAGGAUGGAGGAGUAGGACCAACAGUCAUACAAAGAAUGGAGGGGUAGGACCAACAGUCACACAGAGGAUGGAGGGGUUGAACCGGCAGUCACACAGAAUGGAUGGGCAAGAUUAGCAGUCACUUAGCUAAUGAAUAGGUGGGGCCAGCAGUCACACAGAGCAGGCAGGUGUUGCUGAAUCCCCUCCAAACCAUUAGACUGCAGCCGAGGUAACAAAGAUUUAUUUUUUUACGUAGUCAUUCAGAUUUUAUUUUACAUAAUCUAUAUAUAAAUAUAUACAAUAUAAAACUGUUGUUACAUUGUGUCGCCAACAUGGCCACUGACAUAUGUGGUGUUCUCUGUUUCUGUGUGAGGUGAUGUUGGGAAAUAGUUUAAUGUCUGCAGCCACAAUGCACACACAGAGGACACCGGAAGGAAAUAAGAUUGCUAAUUGCUGCAACUUUCCUUGCAUAUCGAGGGCCUCAAGAGGAGACCAUGUACAGGGCUGAGACUUGUCUAUAAGGGAGUCAGUCAGCUCCAAGGGAAUUCACCCCCCCUAAGGCACACGGUACAUGGCUACUCAUACCUCAGUCAUUUCAUUCGCUCCAGUGAAUUCAUGGCUUGUAUUUAGCAUGGGAGGCAUGUUCUAACCCCUGGAGUAUAGUGCAUUGUGGACGCAUACAGCACUAAGUGAUAACCCAAGAGGUCGGGGAGUCACACCAGCAGUCACUCAGUCUGGUUUUUUGACAGCAGUUGAGAAAUGUUUGUUUCUUUAAUGUGAAAAGUAAAAAUUUUGAUUGAUUUUGCGUCCCAUGAUGUGCGGUCCUACAUCCCCAGAGAAAUUGGACUUGUCUCUUGUGCUGCAGAGCAGAGCUGGAUAUGAGGAGACCCUCAUAGUCACUGACAUGGAGGGAGCGAGUGUCUCAUGACGGGACUGUUAUCAUCAAUAUAUGCAAUAUGUGUCACACGUGUUCACGUUGGUCAGAUAUGUCCGGGGCUCUUCAGCUGCUCUGUUUUUUUUUUUCUUUUUUUUUUUUUUCUUUUUUCUUUGUGGAGAAUGAAAUCCAUGUCCUUGUAAUGUUUAAUAAUGAAUAUU